AUGAAGCGCAAAACAAGAGCAGAAACGUCCGCCACACCAAGAAAGCAGCCUAGGCAAGAUCCCGUAUCUUGCGAGUCAUGCCGGAGGAAAAAGCUGAAAUGCGAUCGGUGCCUUCCAUGUAGUAACUGCGCAUCCCGUCGGACAGAUUGCAGUUAUGGUGGCUAUGGCCCAGGAACUGCGAGCCUUGCGAAGAAAGCUGGUAUCCAAACAGCAGAGAGACCUUCCUUGGACAAUACGGUGACUCCACCUCGAGUGACACAAUCGACAAAGACCCCUCACGAUAGAACUCAAAGCCGCAGCGCUGAGGAUCCACUCAUGACAGCAGACCGGCUCGAAAACAUCCUCAUGGGUCACCGAGUCCCGAGUGCUGUUCCAGCGCCACUUCGGAAAGAGCUGUCGAGACACGGACGAAUGCAUGCAUCUCGACCGCAUCGAAACACUGCAUCGGGCACAAUUCUGGGGGUCGUCCGUGGCGGACGUGUCGCCUCUCAUGAAAACCCGGCCACGGUCCACCUGCCGUCAUUUCUGCCUUCAGAGGCUGAAGCAAUGCGUCUGUUCGAUUAUUAUCACAAUCACCUCGACUACCAGUAUCAUUUAAUCAUUCCCACCAGAACAAAGUGCGACAUAUACGCCUUAUACGAAAGUAUUGCUCGGGAUAAACCAGGGAAUUUGAAUCAUAUUGCUCUUUUGUUCAGCAUUCUCGCCACUUCGUUGUUCUUUCAGCUUCUGUCGACUGAGCCUGCGGAAGUUGCCGAAAUGUGCAGUCGCGAAGCAGCAUUUCUCACCGGAGCUGCCUUAAUCCAAAGCAAUUACCUCGCCUAUCCUAACACUGAAGGUUUGCAGGCAGCCAUGAUUAUCGCGCAUCAUUUGUCUACUCUGACCUUGAAUCCGUCUGUGAGCUCUCUAUUUUUGCAUGGGGGACUUGUAAGUCAAGCCAAAAGUCUUGGUCUCCAUUUAUUAGAUUCACCACGGACGGUGGAUGAACGGAGACAAGAUGAACAUGACAAGGCGGAGACUGAGCUGAAGCGCCGACUGUGGUGGGAUCUGGCAUCUUACGACUGGUUGAUUGGUUUCUUGAGUGGACCCCAGGAGUGGACAUACACCAUUCAACCUCAACAUAUGAAUGUCCACCGGCCAUUGAAUAUUGAAGACGACCACAUGGAGUACGAGACCAACCUUCCGCUCUCUACACCGACGUGCAUGUCAUAUACUCUAUGCCGUCUGAGACUGGCCGAAGUAUGUCGGGAGAUUGUUGAUGCAGCAGCACCUGAAUAUCUGCAAGGUCAGGGGAUUGGCUAUGAGACGGUGCUCGACUUAGAUCGUAAACUCCAACAGGCAUACUCGGAAAUACCAGCGUUCUUUCGUUUCGAUCAAUCAUCACGCCGCGAAUUCGCCUGCCUCUACCGUGAGCGGCCGGAAAUAGCGUGGCAACGAGCUUUCAUACAGCAAGGAUACCACUCGCGGUUUUGUCGUCUACAUCGGCAAUAUUUUGUUCGCGGCGCAAAAGACCCCCGGUACUCCUACUCCCACGUUGUGUCGCUCCAGUCUGCCCGGAGGGUCCUGGAAGUUAAGCGCAUCAUGGAUGAGGAAGAACCUCUGUUCACGCCGAACAGCUCCUGUUUCUGGGCGGUUAUGCAUCAUGUAUUCAUGGCAGCGGUCACUCUACUGAUUGACGUCUGUUUCAACUGGGACGAUAUUCUCGCAGAUAGACGAAAGGAGGAGGUGCUCAAUGCCUGUCGACUGCUAAGCCGCGCUCAGCAAUCUUCCUCGGUUGCCCGAGAGGGAAUCAACGCCAUGAUGGGCAUCCUUCGCAAGCACUGGAAACAGGAGAAGAGGCCAGACUCUCGUGGGCAGCAAGCUCAGGUACCUUCAUCACCCCUCUUAGAUGCUUCCGCUCUGCAUUAUCAGGAACCUAUACUGCCGGUCAACGCCAUCCAAGAGCCCAAAGAUGUUUAUUUCACCCAUUCUGCACCAACACGGGAUUCCCUCGCACAAGUUCAGUCUACCGAUUCGGCCAGCGCGGAACUUGGUGCUGCCUCUUUGGAGGAUCUGUGGAAUGAGAUGCUGGACAAAAGCGCUCACGUUGGGCUGGGUACACCAGAUUGGAUGGACCUGUUGACAGAGCUGACCAAUACCACUGUUCCAUGCGAGUGA